GAGAUGACUUCUCACUGAUACAGCAGGAGAUAUACAUGGUUAAAGAAUGCAAACAUUGCAACAUAGUCGCCUAUUUUGGGAGUUAUCUCAGCCGUGAGAAGCUGUGGAUAUGCAUGGAAUACUGUGGUGGGGGAUCCCUCCAGGACAUUUACCAUGUAACAGGACCUCUGUCAGAGUUGCAAAUUGCUUAUGUGUGCAGAGAAACUCUACAGGGUCUUGCUUAUUUACACAUGAAGGGCAAAAUGCACAGAGAUAUAAAGGGUGCAAACAUUCUACUAACAGACCAUGGAGAUGUUAAAUUGGCUGACUUUGGGGUAGCAGCAAAAAUAACAGCCACUAUUGCAAAGAGGAAAUCCUUUAUUGGCACCCCUUACUGGAUGGCCCCCGAGGUGGCGGCGGUGGAGAAGAACGGGGGGUACAACCAGCUGUGUGACAUCUGGGCCGUGGGCAUCACUGCCAUCGAGCUGGCAGAGCUGCAGCCACCCAUGUUCGACCUCCACCCCAUGAGGGCUUUGUUUUUAAUGUCAAAAAGUAAUUUUCAACCACCAAAGCUAAAGGAAAAAGCAAAAUGGUCAGCAACAUUCCAUAAUUUUGUCAAAAUAGCACUUACAAAAAAUCCAAAGAAGAGACCGACAGCAGACAGACUUCUCUCUCACAGCUUUGUAGGGCAGCCUGGUCUCUCCAGGUCUUUAGCAGUUGAGCUGUUGGACAAAGUCAACAACCCUGAGAACCACACCCACUAUGGGGAGGUUGAUGAUGACGAUUUUGAGCCUCACUCCGUUAUCCGCCACACCAUCCGCUCCACCAACAGGAACAUCCGUGCAGAGAGAACAGCAUCAGAGAUCAACUUUGAUAAGCUGCAGUUUGAGCCCCCUCUACGGAAAGAAACAGAAGCUCGGGAUGAGAUGGUUGUGGCAGCUGGCAGUGACUUUGCUUCACAUUGGAAUCCUUUUGUUGAUGGAAGCAACAAAUCGACACUGAAGCGAGCUGGGCCACCCCCGCUGCCCCCCAAGCCAAGGAUGAACAGUUACCCCGAGGAAAACCUCCCGGAUGACAACAGAUGUCAGACAAUAAAACACUUCCCAGACUCCCAGAGCAGAGCCCCAGCAGCCCACAGGAGACAGAGCAUUCCAGUUUGUGGGUCCCAGGCAGAUUCCUGCCCCAUGGGAAUGACCAGCAGCAUCAGCAAUGGGAAUGGGAUGCUGAAACACAUCGAGGAGAACGCAGAAGGACCUGGACAAAUCCCUCAACUGCCACGGAAAAAGGAGAAGAGAGAUUUCCCUAAACCAGCAAUCAAUGGUUUGCCUCCGACUCCGAAGGUGCUGAUGGGAGCCUGUUUCUCCAAAGUCUUUGAUGGUUGUCCCUUGAAGAUUAAUUGUGCAACUUCAUGGAUACAUCCAGAUACUAAAGAUCAGUACAUCAUCUUUGGCACAGAAGAAGGGAUCUACACUCUGAAUUUGAAUGAACUUCAUGAAGCAACCAUGGAACAGUUAUUUCCUCGAAAGUGCACCUGGCUGUAUGUUAUCAACAACACCUUAAUGUCCCUGUCAGAAGGGAAAACAUUCCAGCUCUACUCCCAUAAUUUAAUAGCUUUGUUUGAACAAGCCAAAAAGACAGGAUUAGCUGCUCAUAUUCAAACCCACAGAUUUCCUGACAAAAUAUUACCAAGGAAAUUUGCCUUAACAACCAAGAUCCCUGACACAAAAGGAUGCCACAAAUGCUGUAUAGUACGAAAUCCAUACACAGGCCACAAGUACCUGUGUGGUGCAUUGCAGUCUGGAAUUGUUCUGCUCCAGUGGUAUGAGCCAAUGCAGAAAUUCAUGUUAAUAAAGCACUUUGAUUUCCCCCUGCCCAGCCCUCUGAACGUGUUUGAGAUGCUGGUGAUCCCAGAGCAGGAGUAUCCCAUGGUGUGUGUGGCCAUCUCCAAGGGCACAGAGCCAAACCAGGUGGUGCAGUUUGAGACAAUCAACCUGAACUCUGCGUCCUCGUGGUUCACAGAGAUCGGGGCAGGCAAUCAGCAGUUGGAUGCCAUUCAUGUGACACAGCUGGAGAGAGACACUGUCCUGGUCUGCCUGGACAAAUUUGUGAAAAUAGUGAAUUUACAAGGGAAAUUGAAGUCAAGCAAGAAAUUGGCUUCUGAGCUGAGCUUUGAUUUCUGCAUCGAGUCAGUGGUGUGCCUUCAGGACAGCGUGCUGGCCUUCUGGAAACAUGGGAUGCAGGGCAAGAGCUUCAAGUCAGAUGAAGUGACCCAGGAGAUAUCUGAUGAAACCAGGGUUUUCCGCCUGCUGGGCUCAGACAGAGUGGUUGUGCUGGAGAGCAGGCCCACAGAAAACCCCACAGCUCACAGCAACCUGUACAUCCUGGCUGGACAUGAGAACAGUUACUGAGCAGCACUCACCCAGCAAACAGCAGAGGGGGAAUUGGCCACGCUGGGACCCAGGAGCGCCAGGAAACCGGGACUUGCCCUUUCUUGUCUUGGCACCGGAAUUGUGUUGGUUUUGAGGGUGGGAAUCAAUCCAUUUUUGCAGCUGGGAACAGCUGGUUCUGUCUCUUGCCACUGUGUGGUUGGUUAUAUGGAGUUUGCUUAAUAAAAGCUGAGAUAAAGAGCCCUUUACUCGUUAGUUCUAGGGAAACGGAGCCUUGAAACGUGUUCUGCAGUAAAGGUGCCAUAAACUCUUAAAUAUUCCCCUCCCUUUGGAUUUUCCUUUUAUUCUGUAGAUACAGAUCUAGUGCUGGCUGUUGCCCCCUGUUUUAUACUGAGUCUUAAUAAAACAAAGAUUUGUGUAGGAAGUGAAAGUAUCUGCAAAGCUUUUUGGUUUUAAAUCUGCCAUUGGGUAUGGCUUUGUAUAAUAGACUAUUUAAUCCUUAUUUAUUAAUCUGCUGCUAGGAUGGGGUAAUGUCUAACUUUUAGCAAAGGAAGGUUGCAGAGCAGCUUACUUUUUUUUUUUUUUUUACAGUUGUAUAAAGAUUUGAUUAUUCUUUUUCCUUGUAGGGAUGUAGUGCAUUACUGAGGGGUGUGUUACCGUGUUGGGUGAUCAUGUAAAAAAAAUUGCAGUUUUGUACAACAAAGUAUUUUGUACUGAUUUUUCUGCCUGCAGAAUUGCCAUAAAAGGGAUUUUCUUACUUCCUAGACGUAGGGUGUGUGUACACAAAGUAGAAUAUUGAUAUCAGACUUGUUGCUCCUGGGUGGCUGUGUACAAUAUCCAUCUGUGUGUGUGUGUGUGUGUGUGUGUGUGUGUGUGUGUGUUAAGUUGCCUGGCAGUGUGUAUUUUUUAUAUAUAUAUUUAUACAUAUAUAUAUAUAAAAAUGUACAAAACAUAUAUGCUUUAUUUUCAUAAAUUAGGGAUAAGCCUUGUGACAUGAAAUGGAAAUUGUAGCAGGUCAUCAUCCUUAAUGAAUGAAAGUAUCAUGUAUCUGACUGCC